AUGCAACCCCAUGUAAAUGGAAACAUCUCAGUGAUGCCUUUGCAGGUGUUCAUGCUGGAGGGAUUUGAGGGUGGCCUACAGGCCCAGACUCUGCUCUUUGCUCUGUUCUUGGCCCUGUACGUGGUGGCCAUCCUGGGGAACCUGACCAUGAUUGUGGCCAUCACCCUGGAUGCCCGUCUGCACUCCCCAAUGUACUUCUUUCUCAAGAACCUCUCCUUCCUUGACUUGUGCUACUCAACUGUCAUCUACCCCAAGGCCCUGGCCAACUUCCUGUCCUCUUCAAAGCUCAUAACCUUUGCAGGAUGUGCCACCCAGUUCUUCUUCUUAUCCUUGAUGAUCACCACUGAGGGAUUCCUCUUGGCCGUAAUGGCCUAUGACCGCUUCAUAGCUGUCUGCAGGCCCCUGCACUACCACAUCACCAUGUGCCCCUCUGCAUGUGCCCGCCUGGUGCUGGGCACCUACUGUGGAGGCUGCUUCAAUUCCAUCAUGCAGACAAGCUUCACCUUCAGCCUCCAUUUUUGCAGCUCCAACCACAUCAAUCACUUCUUCUGUGAUGUGCCCCCCCUACUCAAGCUUGCCUGUGGUGACACAACAACCAAUGAACUGGUCAUGUUUGGCCUCUGUGGCCUUAUCAUCAUGGGUACCACACUCGUGGUCCUCAUCUCCUAUGGCUACAUCUCAGUGACCAUCCUGAGGAUGAGCUCAGAAGCAGGGAGACACAAGCUCUUCUCCACCUGUGGCUCCCACAUAACAGCUGUGUCCCUCUUUUAUGGGACCCUUUUUGUCAUGUAUGCCCAACCAGGAGCUGUGGAGUCCAUGGAGCAAGGCAAGGUGAUCUCUGUCUUCUACACCCUGGUCAUCCCAAUGCUCAACCCCCUCAUCUACAGUCUGAGAAACAAGGACGUGAAGGAUGCCCUGUUCAGACUGGGCCAGAGACACACAGCCACGUGA